UUGUCCAGUGGCUGUGUCCAUGGUGCUGAAGGCAGCAUCCAAAGCAGCUGGAUCCCAGGAGCACUGGGACAGCAGGGCUGGAAAGGACCCACUGGAGAUUUAUUAGGAUCAUGGUGUUUGAAGGGAUCUCCCCGGAUUGUGGGAACAGUGGCGCUUGAAGGGGUCCAGCAGGGAUCUCCCAGCAUCAUGGGGACUGCUGGGCUGGAAGGAAUAUCACAGGGAUCCACAGGAUCAUGGAGACAAUGAGGGUGGAAGGUAUAUCCCAUAUCCUAGGAAUCUACGGGGAUCAUGAGAACUGACAGGCUGAAAGGGAUAUCACAGGGAUCUACCAGGAUCAUGGGGACAGAGGAGUUGGAAGAAACGCACCAGGGAUCUCCCAGGAUCAUGAUGACCAUGAGGCUGGAGGGGGUAUCACAGGGAUCUACGAGGAUCACGGUGACAGGGGCCAGAAGAGAUCUACCAGGGACCCACAGGAUCAUGGGGACAGUGGAGCUGGAAGGGAUCUCCCCGUCAUGGGUGAUUUCCCCACACACUCAGACCAGGUCAUGGCAUGCCCAGGCUCCACAGGGGCUCACGUGCGUGGUGCUCUUGUCUGUGGCCACCAAAGAGCAACAGGGCUUGGCCAUGAGCUGAGAGCCUGGAUGCCUGUUUCUUUUGCCCCCUAAGCAAAGCCACAGUGCAUGUGGUUAGCAAGGUGGUUUCCUCUGCGCUCCAGAGUUCUUGCCACUCCCUGCCCACUUCCUGCCCCAGAAGCAUCUCCCCACCAAUAAGGACCUCCUCUCCUCUCCCCUCCCCAACUUGGUUCAUGACAGGAAACUAGGCCACCUCCAACCUCUCCCCUUUCCCCCUCCCACUACCCUCAGGGUUAUAAAAGUCCCUGGUCCCUAUGCACCACUCAGGUCCACCCAGCUUGGAGUAGCUUAGGCCAGAGGCCAGAAGGUCCUUUUGCAUCCUUGUCUUCCUCACGUUUCCAGCAGCUCUAUGGUGUAGGUGAGCAAGUGUCAGCUUCUGGGUGGGGUUUGGGAGACUUUUGCAGUGGGAGCAGAUGAAACUAGGAUGGAGUAUUGGUGGAUGAAUGGACUGUGGGUGGGUCAAGGUUGGAUGGAUGGAUGGAUGGAUGGAUGGAUGGAAAGUCUGAGGAUAAAUGGGUAGGUGGGUGUAUAUGGGGAUGGAUGAAGUGUGGGGUUGGUGGAUGGAUGGAGGGGAGUAUCUGGGGAUGGAUGGUGGGUAGAUGGAUGGAGGAAAUGUGGAAAGGGAUGGGUAGAUAGACAGGUACUUGGCUAUAUAUGGCUAAAUGUGGUAUUUAGGGAUGAGGUUAUAGAUAGAGAGGAUGUGCAAAUGGAUGGGUAGAUUGAUAUACGUGUAUGUGAGGAUGGGUAGAUGGAUGGAGAGAUGGAUGGGGUAUGGGGGCAUGGAUGGAUGGAGGGUAUGAGUGGGAAGGAAUGCAGAGAUAGAAAGGUAUGUGGGUGUAUUUGGGGAUAGAUAGAUGGAGAAACUAUAUAGGGAUGGAUAGGUAGAGGGGCAGCAGCAUUAAAAAUGGACCCACCUGAAGGAAUAGGAAGGGCUGCCCUGCAGAGGGACACCAAAGAGACAGAGCACGAAGAGACAGAGUUUGCCCCAGUAGGGAUACCGUUUGCCCUGGUGGCGACUGAAGCCGCUUUGAAGGUAACUCUCUUGGAAGUGGGAAGGGUGAUGUAACCCCAGCAGGGUUAGAAUGAGAGACAGUAGCAACAGGCCAAGAAGAGCCCUGGCCUGGGAUUGGCUGAGAGCCUUGGUUAAAAGAGGGGAGCAGUUUUCCCGGGAAGAGAACGAAGGAGAGAGGGGCGGUGAGAGACAGGCUGGAGACCAGGGAAAGGAUCUCCCCACGGCCAUCCCUCCGAGAGCUCCUGGCAGAGUCCUGCAGAAGUAGCAGCAAGAAGCAUUGGAGAAGAGCGCUGCACUGUGUCCUGUUCUCCCUCCCUUCUCCUCGGAGCCGCACCGGGGCAGGACAAGAGAGGAGCUGCCUGUGAGGAGACUCCAAGCCUGGGAAAACCCUCCUGCAAGCCCCUGUGUGGCUGGGUGAGGACAGAGCCAGGGACAGCUCCCACCGGCAUGGAGACCUCAAGCCCUACAAGCUCCCCAGGCACUGGCAACCAUGACAAGCUUACGAGGGGCAUUCAUAUCUUCAGCAUGAUCAUCUACAGCAUUGCCUUCCUGCUGGGUGUGACGGGAAAUGGGCUGGUGAUUUGGGUCACAGGCUUCCACAUGAAGCGAACAGUCAACACUGUGUGGUUCCUCAACUUGGCCAUCGCGGAUUUUAUCUUCACCUUCUUCCUCCCCUUGAACAUCACCAGCAUAGCUAUGAACUUCCACUGGCCAUUUGGGAGAGCCCUCUGCAAACUCAACGGGGGAUUGGCUUCCCUCAACCUUUAUGCCAGUGUCUUCUUCCUCACGGUCAUCAGCCUGGACCGUUGUGUCUGCGUGGUGUCUCCUGUGUGGACACAGAACCAUCGUCAGCCCCGCCUAGCCUCACUUGUGGCCUUGGGCAUCUGGAUCCUGUCCUUGAUCCUUUGCAUUCCCUACUGGUACUUCCGGGAGAUAGAUCACGAUGACUCCAAGAAUGUCAUCUACUGCUAUAAGGAGUUUGGCACAACUGGUGAGGAGGCCACGGAGGAGGAGUGGAAGUGGGUGAGCACCUCCAACAGCCGAGCCACAGUCAUCAGCCGCUUCAUCUUUAGCUUCAUCAUCCCCUUCUACAUCAUUGUCAUCUGCUACGGGGUCAUCGUGGUCAAGCUCCUCACCAGCCAACUGGCACUCUCCAGCAAGCCCUUCAAGAUCAUUGCUGUGGUGAUCGUGGUCUUCUUCCUCUGCUGGUUCCCCUUACAUGUCUUCUCCUUCCUUGAGAUGGAUGACCUGCCUAAGUUUAGGACAGCCGUCCACAUCGGCAUGCCAUUGGUUUCCAGCCUGGCCUUCGUCAACAGCUGCCUCAACCCCAUCCUCUACGUUUUCAUGGCUCAUGACUUCAAAGAGAAGCUACGACACUCACUGUUCUUGGCCUUUGUGAAGGCCUUCACUGAGGAUGCCCCCAUAGUGGCUGUCCAGACUCAGUCCACCAUGAAGUCAGACUCCCAGGCCUUAUAGACUCCUCCUCCAGGCCUCUCCCAUUCCCACUAUCUCUGGAGUAGGAAGAGAAGUUGUCAACCAAUAGACCUUCUCCUGCAGCUUCAUCUCCAUGGAGAUAGUAACAGUGGCCUGGUAGGAAUUGUCCUAGGUCUCAUCCUUGCUUUUCCAGGAAGAAACUUUGGUGUUGAACCUUUUCAGUUGACCAAUGGGCUCCAUCUGAAUGCUGAUGGAAUUUCUUACUACUAUUGGAUGUUUCUUCCAGCCCCAGCCCUUUCAAGCUACUUCCAGCCUCUACAUAUGCCCCUUUGAUGUUAUUCCAAUGUUUUGUUCACUAGUUUGAUGAGACCCCCAUGUUCUGUAUUAGGUGUCCAAGCCCCCAAGGUUUGGAAUAGACUGCCGCCAGAGGUGGUUCAAGCACCCACUUUGAACGCCUUCAAAACACUUUUGGAUGUUUAGUUUGCUGGGAUCCUAUGAUCCCUGCAGACUUCCUGCCCCUGGGGCAGGGGGCUGGACUCGGUGAUCCUCCGGGGUCCCUUCCAGCCCAAAUGUCUAUGAAAUCUUUGAAAUAUAUUCAGAAUGGACACAGCUUCGGGCCAGCUCCCUCACUGAUAGAAUACGUGGAGCCGCCCUGAACAACAGUUCUUUGCAAUAUUUAUGCACUUUGGUUUAUACAUAUUUACAUUUACCCUGCCUUGUUCCACCUCUGGUCCACCCAUUUUUCCUCCCAUCUCAAGCUCCACCUCUCUUUACUUCAUUAACAUGGAAUUGCUUAUGCAUUUCCUUCAUUUACAUGCGCCUCUACUAAAAGCGCACAUGUAAGACCAUGAACUCGGGCACUCUCAGUCACUUGCUGGUUCUUUCUUGUUCUUUCCUGAUUUCAGCACCAUCUCCAAGGUUUGGCUUCUGUCUUAUCUCCUGAUACUAGCUGGUGGGUUGCAUCUUGUUCUUCUUACAUAAUGGACUCUAACACUACCUUGUUUAGAAAAUCACUUCCUUAAACAUUUACAAAGUUAGUUACUUUUCAUAUAGCAUCCAGCCUUGUGACCAGCAGCUUUUUGCUGAGACACAGGAAAAAACCUUCAUUCAGCUUUACAUUUAGCACCCCCAGAUUUCAUAUCCUAGCCCCAACAUCUAAAAUCCAUUUCAUUACCCUAACAGACCCACUCAUCAGCUUUUAGCAGCAUCACCCCCAUCCCUUCCUUUAGUCCACAAAACCCUUCCUUUCUGCCCACCCUUCCUGGCACCACAUGCAGUAGAUUGUUGCUGACAGAAUCUCCUGCCCACUCCGUCCCCCAAGCCAGUUGGUCUCCAAACUAACUAGUGGUGCUCAGCUGAGGUGAGAUGGAUGGAUGGGAGCAGUGAGAAGGGGAAUGCAUGAAUGGAAGGCUGGAAUGAUGGAAUGGGAUUAAUGGAAGAAGGGUGGAUUGAAAGGCGAAAGGAUGUGUGGGUGGAUGGAGACAAGGGAGGGGUGGAAGGCUGUGGGUAUGGCUGGAUUUGUGGGUGUGGAGAUAGAUGGAGGGGUGGCAGUGCUCAAGCUGGGCCACCCACGGCGAGUGGGUGAACUAGUGCUCCUGCUUGCACAAAACAUCUAUGACUUAGUGGGGCUACCGGAAACCUGGUGGGAUUCAUCCCAUGACUGGGCGGUACAUAUUGAGGGCUAUAGAUUGUACAGAAAGGACAGGGUGGGGAAGAAAGGGGGAGGGGUUGCGCUCUAUGUCAGUGAGCAAUAUACAUCAACCCUCAUCAAGACGGAAUCCGAGGUUGAGGAAGUAGAAGGAUUGUGGGUUAGGCUACGUGGGGGGCAGAGAGAAAGGGAUUUGGUGGUAGGGGUCUGCUACAGACCCCCACAUCAAGGGGAAGAAAGAGAUUCGGGAUUCCUGAGGCAACUCUCGGAGACCAUAAAAGCUAAAGAGGCUGUAGUCAUGGGGGACCUAAACUACCCGGACAUCUUCUGGGAGACGCAGACAGCAAAGUCCCAUCGCUCACGCAGGUUUCUAACCUGUGUACAGGACCUCCACCUGACACAGGAGGUACACGGUCCCACUAGGGGGAAUGCCAUACUGGACCUGGUAUUGGCAACGGGGAAUGACAUGGUAGGGGACCUCCAGAUCGGUAGCCAUCUGGGGGACAGUGAUCACCUAAUAAUUGAAUAAACCAUAAGACGUCGAGUGGGUAAGGUAACUAGUAGGGUGAAAGUGCUAGACUUUAGGAAAGCUGAUCUCAUUGCACUCAGGCGAUUAGUCAAGGAAGCACUGCAGAGUAGGAGUUUUGAUGGGAUGGGAGCCCAAGAAGGGUGGCUGUGCCUAAAGGAAACGAUCCUUCGGGCACAAAGCAAGACGAUCCCCGAGCGAGGCAAAAGAGGGAAAGGGGCCAGGAGGCUUCCCUGGCUGACCAGAGAAAUCCAGGGCAGCCUAAGGGACAAAAGGGGAGCACAUAAAAAGUGGAAACAGGGUGAGAUCACCAAAGACGAAUAUACCUCUUCUGCUCGCGCUUGUAGGGAGGCAGUUAGACGGGCCAAAGCUACCAUGGAGCUGAGGAUGGCAACCCAAGUAAAAGACAACAAGAACUUGUUUUUUAGACUGAGGGGGGUCUACUGAUUUCCCGUUUUAUUAUAGCUUACCCAAUCCCUGCUAAUAUUUUUAUUCUGUAGGUGUUAAUGCCACCCCCACCCUUUGAAUAAUCUUGAUGUUCCACUAAUCAUGCUCUUCAUUCUUCUGCCCUGUUGCUCUCUGUUGGCCACUUCCAGUAAUGUCUCUCUUCUAUUCCGUAGCCCUUCAUACCUGUUUUUACUUGUACCUAAAUACCUUGAUGCAGGGGUGGACCUAUCUGAUGCAGGCAUGGUGAUGAUGGACAGUGACAUAUUGGAGGCAUUGUCAAGAAGGCGAGGCUUUGUUUUCCUGAUUUCUGACUAAGUGACAGACAUUUAAUUAAACUAACUUUUGGGUAAACAAAAUGAUUUCUCUGGACUAUUUUGGCCCAGG